AUGAGUCACGGCCGCGGCCUGGCGUCAGGCAUUGGCGGCCUUGUCAGUGACAUGAUCGCCAAACACAGACACCCAAGCGAUAGCAACAACAGCUAUACGGGCUCGAGCCAGUCGUACGCUCCUCACGCGCCGACUGCCUACUUUAUCGCGUCUGGCAACCCCCUCGGCUCCAACGCACCCGCACUCACGCCCAUCGUCACUCCGGACGCUGUCCCAAUACCGCCCACAGCGCUGCUCUACUCGCUGUCCCACCCAGACCCAACCACAUGCGAGCGCACACGGUUCUUCUUCGAGUGUCUCCCAGACCCGGUAGGAACUGCGUACCACGCCAUGUGGUUUGCCCGCAACUUCCUCACGCUCCCACAACAACAGGACAUGGCGACAUGGCGCCACCGGACCAUUGACGUGCUUCUCGAGGACAAACCGGGGCUGGCGUGGACGUCUGGCGGACGCAUCACCAUCUCGCUGCAGUGGUGUAACAACCUCUUGAACGACUGUCGCAGCGGCAAGCGCACCAUGCAAGACUGCACGUUCGAGUUCAAGGGUGUCAUCUUGCACGAACUCGUCCAUGUGGUGCAACGCGAUGGAAGCGGGAGCGCACCAGGGUGGCUCAUCGAGUCGAUUGCAGACAGCGUCCGCAUGGCAGCGCACUUGGGCCCACCCCACUGGCGCAAACCUGGGCAAGCAAGACGUGAUAAGGGCUGGGAGGACGCGUACGAUGCCGGCGCCAAUUUCCUUAUGUGGAUCAUGGGGGCUGUUGACGAAGACGCGUCCUGGGGACCAUCAAGCUCUGUCGCAGCGUUUGCGAGUCCUUCGGCGAUCUGGUCCGCGCCCGCAGCACAGGCGACGCAGUACCCUUCGUCCUGGGGACCGCCGCCGCCGGUGCCACCUCGUCCCGGCAACUACAAGUCGAGGCGGCCACCGAUCCCAGAGUUUGUGCAGUAUCUCGACGCACGACUCGCCGGCGAGCGAUACAACGACAUAUGGUGGUACGAGAUGACCGGGGCGAGUCUGCCACAGCUGUGGAGCGAGUACAUGGACUAUUACGCGUGA